AUGGCGAUGCAGUAUCCGCCCCAAUCUUAUUACCUCUAUGGUCAGCCUCAAUGGCCUGAAGAUGUCAAGCCCGCCCUCACCGAAGACGAUUCCUCCUCCGUCCUCGACGACAAGGUUCUCGAUUCCUCUACUCCCGCCGAUAUGACAGCUCCCGAUUCCUCGGACAGUCGACGCCCUUCCUUGACCAAGUUGGAGGACGAUUAUUCGGCUCCUGCGCACGUUUGGCAGGAGAGGCCCCACGGGGUCAUGCCUUCCACUCGUCACUUUUCGCAGUCUUCCAUCCCUUUGUCGAGUCCCAAUGGCCAAUUCUUUGGUCAAGUCAACGCUACGAAUUGUGGUUCGGCGUACCUCCAAAACCAAUCCUGGCCUUUGUCUGCCCGUUCCGAGGCCAGCACCCCAACCCCCUUCUUUGGUCCGGUACAAGAGACCUUCGGUCAGCAGGUACCAUAUAGCGGCGGACCAGUCAACUUCUCGGGAUACUCUCAACAGGAUCCCGUCUCGGCCGUUUCCAUGUCACCACAAUCUAGUCAAGGAGGAUGGGCUUCGACUACGUCGUCAGAUGCUGCCGAAACUGGUCGCGCUCUGAAGCAUGCAAGAUAUCGGCCCGCGUCGCCCAUGCUGGUUUUGAGAUCCGACGGCAUAAGGAAAAAGAACGCCAAGUUCGAGAUUCCCAAAGAACGGAAUUUGGCCAAUAUUGAUGCUCUCAUUCAGCAAUCGACCAACGAGGAAGAGAAGAAGGAACUCAAGCAGCAGAAGCGUCUCCUCCGAAACCGUCAAGCAGCGCUUGAUUCUCGUCAACGAAAGAAGACUCAUACCGAGAGAUUGGAACAAGAAAAGAAACUCUUCGCUAGUCAAAAGGCUGAAAUGGAGGAUACCAUCGCUCACCUGGAGACCACCCUGGCCCAUGAAAGAGAACAAUGGGUGCACCAACGACAACAAUACGAACAAUUCAUCCAACAGAUCCGGUACGACCGAGACGAAGCCAUUCGUACCAAGACUCUUGAGACUGCCGAACUUCGAAGGAUGAACAACAUCUUGAAAGACGCCGUCAGAGAUCUGGAGCGACAACAAAAUGCCCGAGCCUUCUCAGCCAAUACCUCGGACGCCUUUUCGAAUGAUUUCUCCACUUUCAGAACCUUGGACCUUGAUGAUAAUUGGGAGGAUGAGUUCAGUCUUAUCAACAGCGAAGAUUUGAAGAUGGAGGAACCCGAUUCGAUUCAGAGACAAGCAACACCACGACCUCCGACUUCUUCGACCCAGCCCUCCGCAUCCGUCAAUGCUGCCAAGUCACUCGAUGUCAAGGUCGACGCCGGUUUCAGUUGGAACACCUUCUACAUGUGCUUGUUAUCUGGAGCCUUUAUUGUUUCUCAAGCCGGGUCAAAAGCGACAACUUCGGUAUCAUCCGCCGCCGUCGUCACACCUAGUAUGCCAGCUCUAUCUGAAGAUUACCGGGCCGAGGCCGGAAAUGUUCUCAAUGCCGUUCUUGCUUCCGGGCCAGAAUCAGCACAUGAAAUUCUUCCGUCUCGGCCAGCGGCGUCUAUGGACAAUCCCAACUUUUCUGGCACACUCUCGGGCUCUGACCUGUCUCAAGCGCCGGGAACCUCUCUGGAUAAUCUUCAUACAACUCUCACCACACCCUCCCGUCAACAGGAAGCUGCUGCAGCCUUUUCUCUUUCUGCUUCUUCCUACAAUCACAUUACCAAUGCAGAUGGCAUCUUUGACAAUGACGAGGACGAAGUUGUUGAAGUGAAGCCAACCCGCCUCCAACAGUUGUUUGCCGAUAUGCAAGCCCAACGAGAUGGCAUCGAGAAAAUGAGUGGCCUGGGUAGCAAAGCCAGAGAACGAAGCGUUUUGCUUGAUCGGGUACCUGAGAAGGUCCUUCGUGAUUUCAGAGAGAUGAUUGCUCAGGUUGAGUGA